AUGAACGUUGCGGCAGGCCCUGAGCUCGCUGCUGCGGUGACCAAUGCCGGUGGUCUCGGUGUCAUCGGCGGUGUCCAUUAUACCCCAGAUAUGCUCCGGGAUCAGGUUGCGGAGCUGAAGAGUCAUCUCAUCGACAAAAGCGCUCCAUUCGGGAUUGAUUUGCUGCUUCCUCAAAUUGGUGGCUACGACUACACAAAGGGCAAGUUGAACGAACUCAUCGAUGUGGUGAUCCAAUCCGGUGCCAAGCUGUUCGUCUCUGCCGUCGGCGUUCCUCCCAAGGCUGUUGUUGAUAGACUCCACGCCAACGGUAUUUUGUACAUGAACAUGGUUGGCCACGUCAAGCAUAUCAAGAAGUGCCUCGAUCUUGGCGUCGAUAUCAUAUGCGCACAGGGAGGAGAGGGAGGAGGCCAUACGGGCGAUAUUCCCACCACGGUUCUUAUUCCUGCAGCCGUCGAGGCCUGCAAAGGGCACACAUCCCCCCUGACCGGCCAGCCAGUGCAGGUUAUCGCUGCCGGCGGCAUUCACAAUGGCCAGCUCCUAGCCGCCGCCUUGAUGAUGGGCGCAACGGCAAUUUGGGUGGGCACUCGCUUCAUUCUCACCAACGAGGCGGGAGCUUCCGCGGCACACAAGGAGGCCGUUCGGACCGCAGGCCAUGACGAUAACAUCCGCACGCUGAUCUACAGUGGAAGGCCCAUGCGUGUCCGAAGUACUCCUUAUAUUGAACAAUGGGAAACAACGCGCAAGGAGGAGCAGAAGAAAUUACUGGAGGAGGGGAUAAUCCCGUACGAACAUGACCUAGACAAGGCAAGUAGCGACGACAACGACGAUGAAUUGGAGAGGCUCCAGGCGAGCAACCGCGUGUUGAUGGGGAAGUGUGCGGCUGUUGUUAACGAGCUCAAGCCGGCCAAGGAUGUUGUUGACGAGUUUGUCAAUGACGCCGUGACCUGGAUGAAGAGGGGAGAAGCACUGCUUUCUAGGCUGUAG